UUGAAUUUGAUUCUUGUUUUUUUUUUCUAUUUCCCUUCACCCAUUUACUAUCUGCACUCUUUUUCACUCACUCUCUUGACUAAUUAUACUGAAUGGUUCUUGGGUUGUUUCAAGAUUGUUACUUUUUCACAAAUUACAUAUGCAGGUAUAGAAGUAUAGGUUCAGAUUUGAAAAGGGUAUUGAGAUAGUAAGUUUUUAGUAAUCAUGUUGCAUAAUUUUCUGAGUUUGAGGUGGUCUGUAGUUAAGAGCUAGCAGUUGUAGAUAAUUAUAGUGCUCAAUUUCAUACCUGUUUGGAUUUCUUUAGUUUAUUUUUUGAUAAAAGAUUGCUUUUUUAUGACAUAGAUGUAGUGGAAGCGAAAAACUGGGGAGGGGAUUUUACAAGGUGAGAAAUAGAGUAGCCAACCAACUGAGCAUCUAAGAUCCCGUAUGCAUUUUCUUUUUUUGCUCCUAAAUGAGGCAAAGAACCUUAAUUACGAGGUCAUUGUCAAUAUUUAAGUCACAAUAUUCAAUUAGUUUUUCAUCCAUUGCCUACAAGUCUUUUGAUCUCAAGACUUGCAUUGUAUCACUUCAAUCAUGUGCUAAUGACAAGGACCUUACAGGAGGGAAACAAUUUCAUUGCCACAUGCUUAGAUGUGGCCAUUUGGAUUUAUCUCCCGUGCCUACCACUAGCCUUAUUAACAUGUACUCGAAAUGCAAUUCGAUAUCCAAUGCAUUAUCUGUAUUCUAUACUUCACCAAUUGAUCAUAAUGUGUUUGCUUAUAAUGCUAUAAUAGCAGGGUUAAUUGCCAAUGAUUUGCCUAAAAGUGCUUUUGAAUUCUAUUUCAAAAUGAGGCUAGUUGGUGUCAUGCCUGAUAAGUUCACUUUUCCUUGUGUGCUUAAGGCUUGUAAAAAUGAAGUAGAUGUGAAAAGGAUUCACGGGUUGGUUUUUAAAUUUGGGCUUGAAGUUGAUUUAUUCAUUGGAAGUGCUUUGUUGCACAGUUAUCUAAUGUAUAGGAUGGUGGAUUUUGCGUUAGAUGUGUUUGAGGAUUUGCCGGAGAGGGAAGAUGUUGUGCUUUGGAAUGCCAUGAUCAAUGGAUAUGCUCAAACUGGAGAGUUUGGUAGUGCUUUGAUGGUUUUUAGGUGGAUGAUUGAGGAUGGGGUUAUUCCCAACAAGUUUAGCAUAACAGGUGUACUUUCAGCUCUGGCAAAUUAUGGGGAAGUUUAUAAUGGAAAGGUGAUACAUGGGUUUGUGAUAAAAAAGGGUUUUGAUUUGGGGGUUGCCAUUUCUAAUGCAUUAAUAGACAUGUAUGGUAAAUGUAGCUGUGUUGCUGACGCUUUAGAGGUUUUCCAGACAAUGGAUGAUAAGGAUAUAUUUUCAUGGAACUCAAUAAUUUGUGUGCAUGAACAAUGUGGUAAUCACGAGGGAACUUUGAGGCUUUUCAAAAGGAUGUUGUCUGCUAGAGUUCGUCCUGAUUUGGUGACUGUCACUACUACACUUCCUGCCUGUGCUCAUUUAGCAGCGUUGAGGCAUGGUAGAGAGAUUCAUGGAUACAUGAUUGUUAAUGGUCUGAGGAAAGAUACUGCUGACAAAGAAUAUGAUGAUACUUACCUUGACAAUGCAAUUUUGGACAUGUAUGCCAAAUGUGGAAGCAUGCGUGAAGCUAAGCUGAUCUUUGAUAUGAUGAAUUUCAAAGAUGUGGCGUCGUGGAACAUUAUGAUUAAGGGGUAUGGCAUGCAUGGAUUUGGCAUCAAGGCAUUAGAAUUGUUUUCUGAUAUGUGUAAGGCAGAAUUGAGGCCUGAUGAUGUCACAUUUGUUGGGGUUUUGUCAGCUUGCAGCCAUUCAGGGCUUGUAAAACAGGGGAGAGAAUUUCUUGCCCAUAUGCAGCCGAAGUAUGGUGUUGUGCCUUCUAUUGAACAUUACACCUCUAUGAUUGACAUGCUAGGUCGUGCUGGGCAGCUUGAAGCUGCUUAUGAGUUGUUAUUAACAAUGCCCAUUAAGACCAAUUCUGUCGUAUGGAGAGCGUUCUUGGCUGCCUGCCGUCUACAUGGUAAUGAUGAUCUUGCUAAGGUUGCUGCAAAACAGGUACUUGAUCUUGAACCAGAUCAUUGUGGAAGUUAUGUCAUAUUAUCAAAUGUGUAUGGACAGACUGGUCGCUAUGAAGAGGUAUUAGAGAUAAGAGAUGCAAUGAAGCUACAAAAUGUAAGGAAGACACCUGGUUGUAGCUGGAUUGAACUUCAUAAUGGUGUCCAUGUCUUUAUUACUGCUGAUAAAUCACAUCCUGAAGCCAACCUUAUUUAUGCUGGAUUGAAUUCUUUAACAGCGCGAUUGUGUGAGCAUGGUUAUACACCAGAAUCUGAUGCCUUGGAAAGCAGUCCAUGAUAUUCCAGACUUAUUCUCCGUUGUUCUAGAUGAAGAUUCCUGAAGCACUGACUGAAAGAAGGUUCUUACAAUAUCUAUUUGGGAAACCUAGCAAGUGUGUGAGUUCAUUUUGCUUCUCAUGGAAACCAAUGUCUAUGUAUGCUGGUGCUCCGAAAUAGCCUGAGUUAUCUGUGUGCUUUUGCAGAUAAACUUUCUAUUGAAAAAUGAAAAGUAUGUUUUCUUCACUUUUGGAGCAUAUCAUUUUGCAGCAUCUGCUAUAACCAAGGGGAUAUUUAGUGCAACUAAGGACUAUGCUUCUCUUUUUGAUGUUGACGGUCAUUGAAUGAACUUCAUGGAGACCAUUCCUAAACAGGCAUCAUGAAUUAUACAGAAGAUCAUGAAGGCAUCUAGGUAUUUCACAGAAGCAGGACAUGAACCAACUGAUAUUUAUAACAUGAAACAGUUCCCAACAAGAUGGUUCUAUCAGAAGAUUAGAGGAGAGUUUCCAAAGGUGGAAUGGCAGAACUGAUAUGCAAUAACCUUGGAAUUCCUAACUGGUCAUGGAAGAUGAUUUGGAAAACCAGAUCACCUAUGAAAGCAGCUUUUUUGGUUGGCUAGCAGCUAGGGAUGCUUGCCAAGCACAACACAAGUUACAAAGGAGAGGGUUUUCCUUGUGCAGUAGCUGAUAUUUCUGCAAUUCAGAGGAGGAAACAGUUGAACAUCUUUUCUUGCAUUGCAGAUUUCAAGACAAUGUUGGGAACUUUUCUUUAACAUAAUGGGCAUAUCUUUGGUGUCACCAGAGAAAAUUAGUAGCUUGUUGGAAGUGUGGCGAUUUGUUUGAGGAUAUCUGAGGUGGUGCCGAUCUGUUUACUGACCUCUCUCACUAAGGAAAGGGUGUGAGUCCAGAAGAUUGUUCCUACACGAUACAAAUGGGUACUGGGGCCAUGCUCUCAUUUUUUUGUCCUAGAAAGUUACAGACUUGCAGCAGUGUUUUUCCCUUCCAUUCGUGCUCAGGGGCCAGUGCUCUAAGUUUAAAUAUUGCUUCAAUUAUCUGGCAGCGUUUGGCAGUAGAUGCUUAAAAUUAUUUUGAAGUCUUAUGGAACAUAAUAUCGGCUAAUCUUGAUGAAGCACAAGGGCAUCUAACAAUUCUUCAUAGCCGUAGAGAGUGUCGUAUGAUACUCUCUCAUCAACUUGGCUAUUAUUUUCUUCUAAACAACCUGGUUUGGGCCUACUAAUCUCAGAGAAAGAAAGCUCGCUUUCACCAAGUCACAGCCAAGACAAGCUAUGGUUCUCGGAGGAGCCUUCAGUUCGAUGCUCAUCAGAGUAAGUAGGAACAAUAAGUGGUUUUCUUUUGGCGCGUUCAGUUUGAGCAUAACAACAUGUGGUUGUUUUGUUGUGUUUUUGCCAGAAACAAAUGGCAGAACAUUUAUUUAGUGAUACACAAUGGAUGAAGAGGAGAACAAAGACCAAACAUUUGUCUGUUGUAUUGUUUCUGGUUUCUGAGUAAAUUUGGCCAUUUCAAGUUUACUUAUUGAUGUUAUAGUUGUGUAUUUCAAUGACUGAACUGGAUUGGUGUCUUUGUCA